CCAGCUUUGGCGCAUCAGGGCUGCUAGACCUGAUUUUGGUGGCACACCAUGGGAGACGUGAGAUGCUGUCGCUUUCCUUCUUGGCGGUCGUGUACGGCACACAGGGCUUGGACUGUUCAGAAGAUCAAGGAACCUGGGACUACGUGAAAUAUUUGGAUGAGGUUUCAGCGGUGAAUCCUUUGCCCCGCGAGGGGCGGGAAAUGCUGUACAAUCUCUACAAGUCUUGGGGAUCUCCGAGAUCUCCUCGCCAGCUCCAGCCACAAAACCUGGCGAAAUGUGCCUCAGGCGUGGCCUCGGUGCUGCUGCACGUCUUGCCCUACGUGGACCGCGACGAUGGCGAGGCGGCCGCGCUGGAGCUGUGGCACAGCGCCAAGGACGUGGCGCGGCACGCGGACGGCUCCGAAGGUUGGUCGGUGAAUUUCACCCUGCACAACGCUGCUCCCAAGCUGCUGGGUUUGGAUCCAUCUGUGGACGCAGAGAUUUGCACUCAGCCAGGCCAUCCUUGGUUCUUUGUUUAUACGACGAAGCCGGAGUAUGCCAGUCCUCUGCUGACCUGCGCCGCGGGCAUGGAGGGCUCCGAGACGUUGCUCCAUCGCUGGUUGCUGCGGAGUCGCUGUCGCACCGAGUCGCCGGACGACGCCGACUUUUUCUACGUGCCCUUCUACUCCUUCUGCUUCCAGAAUCUUCACAUGAAGGCUGGCAGCGAGGCGGAGGAGUUGGACAAGCACAACAUCGAACUGGUGAAGUCCCUGGAGCAUUUCGACGUCUAUCGGAGGAGGCAGCACAUCUUCCACUUUGCCCACGAGUUCUGGGACUUCCCAUCCUGGGAAGCACAUGUUGGAAGGUCCAAGAUCUUUGCAAUCGAAGCCAAUCCCUUGGUUGAUGCGCGUCGAUACAGACCAUAUAGACAUUGUACUACUUGCUUCGAUAGCUGGAAGGACGCUGUGGUGCCUGGCCACACGGAUCUUUGGGCCAUGCAGCGCUUACGGGAGCAGAGCCGUCCAAUCGAAGAGCGGCGCUACCGUUUUUGCUUCCAUGGUGCCUUGCGCCACGAACUGUACGAAAAGACCCAUGCAGGAGGUCCUUUCAAUGUCAGUGCAGCAGAAACUCGGCGUCAGAUCCGAGCCAUGGCUGGAGAGCCUGACGCAAGUAUUGGUCCGCACAUCACGCCUGUGCUGGACUACUACAAGCGCGUGGGAGAUUGUCAGUUUUGCCUUGUGCCAAAAGGCGUGGGCUUCACCAACGGUCGCCUUUUCGAAGCUUUCUUUUCAGGGUGCAUUCCGGUCAUCCUCUCUGAUGCUAUGAUUGUCCCAUUCUUUUCGUUCGUUCCAUGGCCAGAAUUCAGCUUGAAAGUUCCGAUGGGCGACGUGGCUGGCGCUGUGUCACGCUUGCGAUCUAUGCCUUCUGCCACGCUGAAGCGAAUGCAGGAAAGCUUGCAUGCGAAUGCUUGCUGGUUUGACUAUUACUCCAACGAUCCGACUUGCUCUCCAUAUCAGGGCCUCCUGCGAGUCCUGCAAAUGCAGAGGUCAACGCCAUGGGAGAUCCGUCCAGCUCCACUCCACUGGGCAUGAGCCGAGCCGACCCGAAAAA